UGUUCUGUUUCUGUGUAUUGCUGUGGGGCGGCUCUAGAAUGUGCUGUUCCCCACACAGGGGGGGAGCAGGAGAAGGGGAAGCUCGCUGUUCCCCACACAGGGGGGGGAGAAGGAAAAGGGGAAUCUCUCUGUUCCUCGCAGUGUGAAGGAGGGGGUUGCGUCGGGUCAGGUUUCAGGACAGUUUGUUGAUGAGACACAUUUCCUGGUGUUGGCAGACACUGGAGCAUCGGCAGCAGAGCAGCUAUGAUGGCAGUAGAGACUUGUGAGUAUGAGCUAGUGCCACACAGAGGCUUCACUCUGAUCAGCGGCACUCAUGAUCCAGACGAUGUGGACCAGAUCAACGACCUGGAGAUCAGAGACUCCGAUGUGUUUGUGGUCACAUACCCAAAGUCAGGGACCAUCUGGAUGCAGCAGAUCUUGCUACUCCUCGAAGCAAAGGGAGACCUGGCAGCCAUCAGCAGGCUCAGCAACUCCUGCAACGCUGAUCUCAUCCCCUGGAUUGAGGUGAAUGGCAGCAGACAGACGUUCAUCACGGCGCCCUCCCCCAGGAUGAGGGUCACCCACCUGCAGUACCAGUUCAUGCCUUCUGCUCUGAGCCUGAAGAAGGGCAAGGUGAUCUACGUGGCAAGAAAUCCCAAAGACGUCCUUGUAUCUUACUUCUACUUCCAUAAGCUCGCAAACAUGUUGGAAACCCCGAAGGAUUUCGAUGACUUCUUCGAGAAAUUCAUGAGAGGAGAUGUGUUUGGGUGCAGCUGGUUUGAGCACGUUAAGACUUGGUACUCGCAUAAGGAUGAUAUGAACAUGUUGUUCAUCACUUAUGAAGAAAUGAUUCAAGACCUGCAUUCAGCAGUGCAGAGGAUCUCUGUGUUCCUGGAGAAAGAGCUGAAUCCUGAGCAGCUGGCCAACGUGGUGAAGCACAGUACCUUCAACAACAUGAAGAAGAUCCCUAAGGCCAACUACGAGCAGGUUCCAGAUGACCUGUUCAGCCACCACGAGGGAAGAUUCAUGAGGAAAGGCACCAUCGGUGACUGGAAGCAUCACUUCACUGUGGCCCAGAGCGAGAGGUUGGACCAGGUCUUCCAAAGAGAGAUGAAGGACACCCCUCUACGUUUUAUCUGGGCUAUCCGGGACAUUUAGUGAUCAAGUUGCAGCUUGAUGAACACUAUGUUAGCUAUCUCAUUCCUUCAGUCUCUGUACAUGUUAGCCUGGGAUAACACUUUACUCUACUACAGUUUCCAAAGCAUACUCAUCCAGGCAGCUUUUAGUUUACAUGCAUUUCAGAACGAUUUUUAAAUCUAUGAAAAGCUUCAUUUCAAUACAGUGGUCCACUAUAUAAAAAACUAUACUACUGUAUACUAUAUAAUAUAUUAGUGGACUUAAUUUUCUUCUGAUCAUCCAGUAGAUGUUGUGAAGUCUUUCGUCACAUAAAUCAUUGUUUGACGGUUGUCAUAUUUGUGUAAUGUAUGAACAUGGAAGAACUACCAGGUGGAUUACAUAAAGUAUACGUCUAUUUCCUUUCUAAUGAUUCACAUUGAUUUAGGCAUACUUGCAAUAAUAUUUUAUACAUAUACACAUACGCAUGUAUAUGCAAAUAUAUAUAAACAGUUCCAGCACUAGAUUAUAUAUUUUUAAUUAUUGUACUUUAACUUGUAUCACUGUUUGUCAACUCAAUAAACACAGAUGCUUUUGAAAA